UGUCUAUAACAAUGUUCACAUCCACAAGAAGGCUCACUUGCUCAGGCCCCUUUGAAUUUUUCUGCCCAGAUUUUUCCGUGGGCCAUAUAAUAAUGGUUCGUUGUGUGUAAAAAAUUAUUCUCUCUUGUCCUUCGGCUUGCACGUCUAUAACAAUGGCACAUCCAUGUUCCCAACUCAAGUUACUCAUGGAACCCUUAUCGCAAGAAGGCUGACUUGCUCAGGCCCCUUUGAAUUUUUCCGCCCAGAUUUUUCCGUGGGCCAUUGCUAUAUGGAAAGUUGAAUUUUCUCGCAGCCCUACUAUGACCACUGGUAACAAACAAUUAGACUCCUCUUUCAUUGUAUGGCCUUUGUCACGUACUUGAUGGUUAAUUUGCAAAGAGGGAAGGCCAAGAUCCGCCGCUGGCUCACAAAUCACAAUCUUCCUUGCCAGUUGCCGCUCUAUAGAAAGGCAAUAAACAAGUGUGCUUCUUACCAGAUUACUGAAGGAUAGCAGCUAUGGCCAGGUCUGCAGUCUGUGGGGCGGCAUUCAUCGUGGUGCUAUUAUGCGUGCUCAUGACUACUCCUUACGUCAUUAAUGCAGCGGUAACUUGCGGUCAGGUUGUCACCUUACUCACUCCAUACAUCCCCUUUGGAGUAUUUGGAGGGACUGUGCCACCAGAAUGUUGUGCAGGCAUAAAAGGGCUCCAUGAUGCACAAAACACCGCAGAGGAUCGCAGAACUGCAUGCAGUUGCAUUCAACAGGGGGCUGCAAUGAUCCCUGGGAUUGACUAUGACCGCAUUAACACGCUGGGCGAUCGAUGCGGCUCUCCUUGUCCGUACAAAGUUUACCCCUCUACUAAUUGCUCCGAGCUAAGCUGAAUCCAGAGAAGUAAUGCAGUGUCUAAGUGCGGGUAUGAGCAUGAGAAUAAAGCGACUGGUUUAUAUCAUCGAAAGCCAGCUAGAGCUAUCUUAAAACACUAUGCUUAAUGUUGUGGGAUUUUUUAGUACUUUGAAAGGGAGGGAUAGUAUUUGUUUAUCAAUAAAUGGUGACAUGUAUUACCAUUCAUCUUAGACAAAAUUCAAGUUCUUAAAAUGUACAUCUAUAUAUUAAUGUCAAAGACUCAAAAGUCAUGACUGAUUGCUUCCAAAAUGUCCUCUUUCUUUCUUGAAUAAA